CCUCCGGCUCGAGGUUUAAAGGCGUCACGUUGCGCUGCCGCAUUGAAACGGGAGACGGUUCGGCAUCCUUUUUGGUCAGUCCAGUUAUCUCGCGUCAGUCCGACAACUAUCAUCCGCCACAAUGACUCACCAGUAUCCUGCAUUGACUCCUGAGCAGAAGAAGGAGCUUCAAGACAUCGCUGAGAGAAUAGUAGCUCCAGGAAAAGGCAUCCUCGCUGCUGAUGAGUCCACUGGUAGCAUGGCUAAACGCUUCAACCCCAUUGGGGUUGAGAACACUGAAGAGAACAGGCGCCAGUACCGCCAGCUUCUCUUCACUGCUGAUAAACGCAUUGACAGUUGUAUCGGAGGGGUUAUCUUCUUUCAUGAAACCCUGUAUCAGUCAACAGAUGAUGGCAUUCCUUUCUCUAAACUUAUCAAAGACCGUGGCAUUGUCGUCGGAAUCAAGGUGGAUAAAGGUGUUGUGCCCCUUGCUGGAACAAAUGGCGAGACCACCACUCAAGGCUUGGAUGGGCUGUCUGAGCGCUGUGCACAGUACAAGAAGGAUGGUGCAGACUUUGCCAAGUGGCGUUGUGUGCUAAAGAUCAGUGCCACUACACCGUCUGAACUGGCUAUUUUUGAGAAUGCUAACGUGCUUGCACGAUAUGCUAGCAUCUGUCAGCAGAAUGGUAUUGUUCCUAUUGUGGAGCCUGAGAUUCUUCCUGAUGGGGGUCAUGAUUUGAAGCGCUGCCAGUAUGUCACUGAGAAGGUUCUAGCUGCAGUGUACAAGUCUCUGUCAGACCACCACGUGUACCUGGAAGGAACUCUGCUGAAACCAAACAUGGUCACAGCUGGACAUUCCUGCCCCAAUAAGUAUAGCAGUGAGGAAAUCGCCAUGGCUACUGUCACCGCUUUACGUCGCACUGUACCUCCUGCUGUAACAGGAGUGACAUUUUUGUCUGGUGGCCAGUCUGAAGAAGAGGCUAGUGUGAACCUUAAUGCCAUCAACAACUGCCCACUGGCCAAACCCUGGGCACUGACUUUCUCUUACGGCCGUGCACUGCAGGCCUCUGCCCUGAGUGCGUGGAGUGGAGUUGAGAACAACAAGAAGGCGGCCACCGAGGAGUUCAUCAAACGUGCCGAGGCAAAUGGUCUGGCUGCACUCGGAAAAUAUGAGUCUUCUGCAACUGGAGCUGCUGCAGCGCAGUCUCUCUAUGUGGCAAAUCAUGCCUACUGAACAUCCGUGUUACUUCUAUGUGCUACUGUGGCGUACUAACUCUCAUAAUCUGCUCAGCUAUUCCUCAGUCACCGGCCUGCGCUGUCUACUGUAUUUAGAGUUGUCAGAGUCAAAAUUACACUGAUAUAUGUAUUUAAAAAUUUAAUGUGAUACUAAAGUGAGCAGACUUAACCUUAUUUUUACCUGAUAAAUGCAGGAGAGAAUUGCUGAAGUUGUAAACUGAGUUAGCUAUUUCACAUAUUUUGACAGUAAAGUUAAUCAGUUAGUAUUUAAUCCAUGCCACUCACGAACUGUACCCGUCUCCACACAUGGUCCUUUCCCAAGCUACUUCUAAGCGGACCAGAUUAACAUGUAUUUGGCUUUUGUCAGUAUAGUGUUGGCUCAUCUUAAAAAUGCUACCCUAACAUGUUCCCUGACAGUGCGGUCAACAGUCUUGUAUUAUUAUGCCCAUAAUGGACGAAUCAUUCAAAAAAGGCUCCAGAGGUUAAAGUGUACUUGAAUUUUAAAAUUAACUUCAUCUUUGUGGCUCAAAUUCUUCCAGCUGAUGAGCAACAGUAAACCGCUAAGCACAGAAUACACUGUAAUAAUUCCAGCCUUCCUGUUUUAUGCUUCUAAUAAACAUAUCUGUUCUCUAUUGGCUUUAAAUUACACAAAUGUAGUUGUGUUAAGUGACAAUAUUACAUGAUGCUUGUAUAUCAUUCCCUUUUUUGCUGACUUUACAAUUAAACAGACCAAUGUGUGGCAGGAAAAUGUCACUGUGAUGUUUGUGAUGUUCGUUCUUGUUCUUGAAGCACUUUGUGUGUUAGUGGAGCUAAACUAACUAAUAAACAAGAUAUGGAUA